GAAGACAUAAGCACUUCGCAUAGCUGCCAGCUUUAUCAAGGCCAUCUGUGUAUCUGAGUCUGAUCUGCAAUAUCCUGGGACACAGAGCUGGUCUGCUUCUGUGCAGCAGAGAAUGUCGGAGAUAGAAGAUGGCAGAGGCCGAAAGCACAGUUAUAAACACCAAUGUGAAACAGAAAGACCCAAAUGAGGCGCUGGUCAUCGCUGUGACAACCAGGGCCAUCUUCAACCUGGAGGAGGAGCAUCAGCUGUUCCUGACAAAGGGCAAGGAAGAGUAUGUGAAGUAUCAGCAAGUCAAUGAGAAUAAGCCCUUGGAGCAAGGUACAGCCUUCGCUUUCAUUCAGGCUGUGCAGUUUGUGAAUGAGAAACUCCUGGAGAGAAACCCAGAGGAGAAGGGCCUCUUUGACGUCAUCAUCCUCUCCAACAACAGCCCAGAGAGUGGCAUGCGCAUUGUCAAUAGUGCUAAGCACCUUGGUUUGGAGAUUUCCAGGUUUUGCUUUGUCAGCGAUGAAGAUUCCACCCAGUACUUGAAAUCCCAUAAUGUCAAGCUCUUCCUCUCAGCCGACAGGACGGACGUGUGCAAUGCACUCCAGCGAGGAGUGUCAGCGGCUCUCAUCUUCCAGCAGGAGGUGCAGACCCCCAGCACCCAACUGCGAGUGGUGUUUGAUGGGGAUGCCGUGCUCUUCUCAGAUGAGACAGACCGGGUUUUUCGAGAGAAGGGGCUGUCGGGGGCUCUGGAGUAUGAGAGGGCAAUGGAAGCCGUGCCCAUGGGAGAGGGUCCAUUGAAGGCAUUUGCCAUGCAUCUUGGGAAGAUGCGCAAGAAGUUCAGCCAGGAGAAUUCCCCUAUUCGCACCUACUUGUUGACUGCCCGCAGCGGCCGGGAUAUGGGCAUCCGUGCUAUCAAGACCCUCCGGGAAUGGGGGCUGGCGAUUGACGAGGCCUUCUUCAUGGAUGGGGCUCCCAAGGGCCCUCUCCUCUCCCAGAUCCAACCCCACAUCUUCUUUGAUGAUGGCCUUCAUAACAUCCAGGGGGCUCAAGAUAUUGGCAUACCCUCUGCCUUGGUCCCCUGUGACUGCUGAUGGGCAGGGAUGAAGGGGCAAAGGUCCUCCAAGGAUCAGGCAAUUGGAGAACACAAAGACAAAGCUUCUGCCAGAAGGGAUAAGGGAGGAUUUCUAAACCUGUGCUAAGCAAGCUUAGGGGAGAGGGAGAGAAGAUGCUGUGUGCUGAUGUGGUGCUGGAUCUAUUGCUCUUGGGUCCCUCUCUUAGUUCCAAAGACAGGGUCCAUCUGAUCUUGGGGAUGUGGCAACAGAAGACCAAAAAUCCAUAGGAAGGAAGGAUGCUUGAAAUGUAACGUAAUAGUUACGCCCAUCUCUUGAUCUGCCUUAGCCGUCUCUUCAAUGACUGUAGCCCUUCCAGCCACUAGGGAUAAUGUGCUCCACCACUUGUGUCAUACAAGCACUGAAACCACAGCUCUAGUGAUGAGACCAUGUGAGCUGAAGCCUGCUUCUUACAGCAGUUACAUGCUGUCAGUAUAAGCUCAGGCUGCACUCAGACAUGGGGGUUUGUCUUAGGAGCUUUGGGCCAGUACUGCUAUUCAAAUGCCAAUAACCCUCUAAACGCUGCAUUUGUUGGGGUUUCUGCUUUUUCAAAGGAAACUAUUUUUUGUGUGUGUAUGUUUUAGAUAUAUGGGGCCAAAUCCUGAGGGGUGCUGAGCAGCUAGUGAGCACUUGCAGCUUCCACUGACUUCAGCAGGAGUUUCAGAUGGUCAGCGCCUCCCAGGAUUUGAGUGCCAGGGACCAGGAGCUCUGUCUUCUCAUAGAUUCUAGUUUGUAGGUAUGUCUUACAUUGGGCCUGAUUCUGAUUUCCUAUUGGUGUAAAUCAGGAGUAACUCCACAGAAAUCAGUGGAAUUAUACCAGGGUAAGUGAAAUCAGAAUCUGGUCCAUAAUA